ACUCGGAGCCGCCGUCGUCAGUCAACCUCAGUCGGCGCGCGGCAUCCGUGUGUGGCGUAUCGCGCUAGUCUUGCGCCGAAAAGUCGAUCGCGAACCGGUCGACGAACCCUCCACACGAACCAUCUCUCCCUGCGAAAUCUCGGCGUUCGCAUUUCGGGAAACGUUCGAGGCGAAACGUUUCCUCGAGCGAUCGUAGCAACGAAUAAAAACGAUCGAUCGACAGUGCGAUUCGCCUCUCUCGACUCGCGAAGUGCAUCUAAUUGAGUGCACCGCAAAUAUUUCCUCGAGUAGCGCGACGAGUGAUUGAUUGCCCGCCGAAAGCGUGGAUCUUUAUGACUUUCGCGAAUCCUUUUAAAUUGCGCGAGAAGAGAAUCGAUCGAGGAAUCGAUCGCCGAGGAGAUUCCUGUUCGAAUACAGGAAUCAGUUCGGAGGCAACUGUCAAAGUUCUAGAUUAAUCGACGUCGAUUUUGACAGGCCACGAAUCGAAGAGAGAGUGGAAGAAAGAAAAAAAUAAAAAGACGGUCGAAGUAGAGGAAGACACUUUUGAUCAGCUGUAAUCCUUCCAUCUUACGCUCGCUUAUACGACGAUAAUAGUUCUACGACGGCACGCACCUCCGUGACUGCACGCAUUAAGGGCAUUAAGGGAAUGCGCGUUGCGAGUAUUACGAGCGGAGCAUCGAGAACACUUGACGAGAAGAGGGGAAUCGAGCACGGAUAAUCGGGAUCGAUCACGCGAUUAAAUUCAAAAUCGAGCCAAAGAGAACGCGGUCGAAGCGGAAUCGAGUGGCCGUAUCGAAUCGCACAAGAUUUAAAUUGCCCAUGAUAUAAUUCUGAAAAAUGCAAUGAGAAUAGAGACGGAAUAUAAAAAGAUAAUAGAAGACAAAUUGAAGAAAAAUGCGGAAUCCCGGUAAUAAGAAGCAACGCUAGGAGUUUCUCCGCGAAUUGGUACAAAUUGAAUUAAACGCGCGCUGCAGUUUUAAAAUACGACUGCGAGAUAUCAAAUACAGCAGAUAAUAAAUUUUGAAUCACACGUACACAAACGAGAUUCGAGCGGGGUAAUAGGUAUAAAAAAAAAGGUAUAUAAAAAAAUCUUGCAAAAAUGAGACAAUCUCGAGCGGCUGUGCCACACGAAUUAAAUUAUGUUGUAAUAUGAAUUAGAUAAUUCCGUGAAAAAAAAAAAAAACGGUACAAAAUCCUGAGAAUAUUGCAAAUAAUCUCGAGCGUCUUAUCGAGAUAAUAUCAUUCACAAAUUCGCAAAUGCGGAAUCGUACUGCCACGUACGCAAUAUCACCGCGGAUAUCUCAUCUCGGAGAUAUCUUUUCCACGUUUGAGAAACUUGUAAUAACAAUUCUCGCGGGAUAAGGGAGCGCAAGGAACUCGAGAAGAACAUCUCUCCUUUCCCGGCACUACAUAUCCGCUCUCGCGGGACUUGCGGGAUAAUAGAAAUAAUAAGAGUAGGAAUAAUAAAUGCGGGAAGGAUAAAAACGCUCAAUCCUAAAGGGAUUCCCAGCGGAAGAAAAGCACGCUGGCAAGAGAUAUAAUCCUAUUUCCGAUAUCGUAUUAAUGCCCCGAAUCUGCUGAUAGCGAGAUGAAACGGACAGGCUGUAUAGCUGAGGCGAGAUCUCGAUAAUCUCGAUCUGUUCGCGAUCUCUUUCCCCUUCGCUUCCGAUUACGGGAUGGUCGACGAGCUCGUGCGUCGAAUUCGCGACUCGAUAUUCGACGAACUUAAAUACCACCCCGUCCACAUCGAUACAUUUGUCGCUCGAACGCGAUAAUCGAAAGAUAAAGACAAUCUUUAUCACGCGCCGUUUAACGUUCGAGGGAAUCGUGUGCGCUAUGCAAUCCGUUAUUGUGUUUAAAAAGGAUCGACGCAUCUCGUGAAUGCCGACACAUCACGCGAUAAUCGUGGCAUGUUGCUGAGGAAAAUCUAAAAGAACAGGCAAAGAGAGGGAAAAAAGAAGCCUAUAACGAGAUGGAAGACGCGUCAAGAUACUGCGAGACGCGAAGAGAAGCAUGAAGUAACGGACACGGGUCCAUUAUUGCCCCGGAGGGCUUUCCAGCGUCUGGAGGCACAAGACCGGUGACACGGAGAAAAUACGGCAUGGAUUUCCCGAAACGAGAAUGGAGUCACAGGCUCAGUCUUCGCGGCAGCCGAAGAGCUCACGAGGGUGAGAUCGGCCCCAGAACGAUACCCGGUGCCCCCAGGACCACCAGGAGAUGGGCCAGCCUCCGGCAACAUGUGAGCAGCGGCAAUGACGGCGGUAAACCCCGCGUCGAAUUGCUGUUCGAUCCGCCGGGUUCCAAACCCUCUUCUACGCCAUCCUCGCAACCAAACACGCCUAAUACACCAAAAACACCGCACACCCCACCAAUCAAGAAGUCCAAUUGGGAGGUCAUCGAGCACUUCACCGGCGCGCCGCGACCCUCCAUCAUUACAGUGGCCAGAGGCUCGGAAGUGGGCAUGGCGCCGACGACCGGAAGAGAGUCCAUGGCGGAAGCUGCGGUGAACGCGGGGAUCACGCAGCGAACGCCGAAAUGCGCCCUGAGCAGGUUUCUGAGCUCAUUAUGCGGCUCGAAUCGCUUCAAGAACUUGCAGGUUGAAAUGCUGUACCAGCGCUACUUCCUACGUAUGAAUCAAAGUAAUAUGAUACACGUGCUCAUUCUACUAGUCGGUUUGGCGUUCGCAUUGGGCCUACUACUUAUCGCGAAAUUGAUGCUGAACGAUAAGCCGCUCUUCACGAUUUUACAGAGACCUGAAAAUUUGUCCCUUGCUGUCACUCUAGUGACUUGUAUCACUGUUUACGCCGUUUUGGUGGCAGCCAUCUCCAGACCGGGCAUGAACGAGAUAUGGCUUGCGGGUGUCAGCGGUGCAGUGCUGAUCACUCUGCUGGCCCUGCAAGUGACCUUGAGUAUUUAUCUGGCGCACCUGCACGAGACAAGCCGCGACAAUGCCGAUGAUUCGUCAUCCUCCAGGCCGGAGGAUCUUCGAGCCGGUGGACCCCUCGCCGCCACUUUGGCGGCCUGCUUCUUCAUCUAUAUGGCCUACGCUCUUCUGCCGAUCAGACUCAGGCACGCCUGCAUCGCCGGGAUCGUCUUCUCGGCCGCUCAUCUCAUUGGAGCCAUCCUGCUUUACCCAGAUUAUCCAUCCAUGACAGCACACCUGUUAAGUUCAAUCGUGGUAGUCGGCGGAACAAACGUAGCCGGCGCCUUAACACAUCACCCUCGAGAAUUGGCGCAAAGACAGGCAUUCCUCGAAACCCGACAAUGCGUUGAAGCACGUCUGACCACGCAGCGGGAGAAUCAGCAACAGGAAAGGCUUCUGCUCAGCGUAUUACCCAGACAUGUCGCCAUGGAAAUGAAAGCUGAUAUAGCCGGAAAGCCAAAGGAUACGAUGUUUCACAAAAUUUAUAUUCAAAGACACGAUAACGUCAGCAUUCUAUUCGCCGAUAUUUGUGGAUUUACUUCGCUCUCCGAUCAAUGCACUGCCGAAGAGCUCGUCAGAUUGCUCAACGAACUUUUUGCACGGUUUGACAGGCUAGCCGCUGAGCAUCACUGCCUCAGGAUAAAGCUUCUCGGAGACUGUUAUUAUUGCGUUUCCGGACUUCCGGAGCCACGACCCGAUCACGCUCAUUGUUGCGUAGAAAUGGGACUGGACAUGAUCGACGCAAUAACAUUGGUUCGCGAAGUAAUGGCCGUAAACGUGAAUAUGAGAGUCGGCAUCCACACGGGUCGGGUUCACUGCGGGGUUCUCGGUCUGAGAAAAUGGCAGUUCGAUGUUUGGAGCAACGACGUGACCUUAGCCAAUUACAUGGAAAGCGGAGGGAUACCCGGACGCGUGCACAUCACGAAAGAGACCUUAGAUUGCUUGGGUGGAUAUUACGAAGUCGAGGAAGGCCGUGGAGGCGAGAGAAACGCGUAUUUGAAGGACCACAACAUCAGAACCUACUUAAUUGUCCCUGGAGACACGUUCAAGGAUAAUAUAACUAGUUCGGGGAUGCGAAAGAAUUUUCCAGCGAAUGGUAAUGUGUCCAAAGAGAUGAGGGUCAUGGGUCACGGCUCGCAACAUGGGAAACAAACCAAUAGAUUAGGCUUCGGCGAAAUCAUCGAGGGCGAAAAGGAUCCCGAAGAUGAGGUGAACGAAUAUCUGAUGCGAGCAAUCGAUGCUAGAAGCAUAGAUCGAUUGAGAGCGGAACAUUGUACGCCCUUUAUACUAAAGUUCCGAAGACCGGAUGUCGAGGAAAAGUACUCGCGCGAGAGGGACAGGAUGCUCUCCGCUUAUUUCGUGUGCUCCGGUUUUGUCUACAUGGUCGUUGUGGUCGCAAUAGCCAUCACCCUCGCCGGGAGCGUAUACUUUUACGUCUGCACCGCGAUUAGCAUACUGGUGAUAUCCUUGAUCAAUGCCAUCUUAUUAGCGGAACAGAACGAGAGAGUACCGCAAUGGGUGAGAAGCACGGCCUUACAGAUUUUCGAGAAUCGCAUCAUCGCGCAAAGUAUCGCGUCCAUCGUCGUCUUUCUGACGUUAAUCACGGUAUUGUCACCGUUGAUCACGCUAGAAGGAAGUAAGGCUUGCGCCAGCAAUAACACUUCGCUCCUCGCUGCGGAAUGGCUGGACGAGAAUUCCACCGUACAGAGAAUACCGAAAAAGAGCAGUGACAGCGUCAGCAUAUGUGAUUAUAUCCUUUUCGGCGACCUGUUUCCGGUUCUGGUGAUGCUCGUGAUGGUGACAUGCGCGGUGUACCAGAUUCUAACGCUGGUCUUUAAAGUAACCGUAUUAAGCAUCGUUGUGACUUUUUAUCUCGGGGUCAGCAUUAACCAGCCAUUAAAUGAGGCCAACGUCGAGCCCGCUGGGAGAUGGUUGGCGAGCGUUUUGGUGGUUUUCUUCAUGGCCUGCUUAGUGGCACACUCUCAACACACAGAGGCGACUUACAGAUUAGACUUCCUGUGGAAGCUGCAAGCGACCGAGGAGAAGGAGGAAAUGGAACACUUGAAAGCCUAUAACCAGAAACUGCUCGCGAACAUACUUCCGGAACACGUGGCCGCCCACUUUCUGUCUACUGUCAAUUCAGACGAGUUGUACCACGAACAAUGCGACUUUGUAUGCAUUAUGUUCGCCUCGAUCCCGAACUUUUCGGAGUUCUACGUUGAGCUCGAAGCGAAUAAUGAGGGCGUGGAAUGCCUCAGGCUUCUCAACGAGAUCAUCGCUGACUUUGAUGAGUUACUCGCUGAGGAACAGUUCAAGUACAUUGAGAAGAUCAAGAGCACGGGAGCCACAUACAUGGCCGCUUCGGGCUUAACGAAAAGCACCUGCGACAUGCGAGAUUUCAAGCACGUAGUUGCUAUGGCGGAUUACGCUCUGAGGAUCCGCGAGCAGCUGGCCUAUGUCAAUGAACACAGCUUUAAUAACUUCCGCAUGCGUGUGGGCAUCAACAUUGGACCGGUGGUCGCCGGCGUGAUCGGCGCCAGAAAGCCGCAGUACGAUAUCUGGGGCAACGCCGUGAAUGUGGCCUCCAGAAUGGAUUCGACGGGCGUGUUGGACGGGAUUCAAGUCACCCAGGAGGUGCGCGAUAUUCUAAUUGCCAAAGGAUAUCCGUUCACCUGCCGCGGGACAAUCCAGGUCAAAGGGAAAGGUAGUAUGAUAACUUACUUCCUGGACGGACCGAAAGACAACGCGAAGCCCAAUCAGGUGGAUGUCACCAGGACGAAUUCCAACAACAACGACGCGAUGGACAAAACACCAGCCAACAACAACAGCAACGGGGCCGUUUGAUUGGUAUUAUUUAGAGGCAUCAACAAUUAAAGAGUGGGAAUGCUUGAGCAAGAAUUCGCGACGAACGACGCGUCACACCGACGAUAGAGAAAGUACCAAUUAUUUGAUUCCUGCGUUAUUUAAGACUUCUUCUUUGUGCUGAAGCCCAAAAAACGGCCGCAUAAUCUCUAAAGCGCGUGUAUACAAAUUGGAGUUGUCGAAUGCCGUCCGUAGACGUCAAUCGACCUCUGACACACACAAACAAAAUAAUUGCGCCACUAGUUUUAAGUCUCAAAGCAAACAAAGCGCGAUCGACUGUCGCAAAAAUAAUCCCCGGUGUUUCGGUGCGGAUUUCAAAGCGAGUUAUGCUUAGUCAUUCCAAAUUUAACUAUACUAAAAGAAAAGGUGCGAUUAUACAAUCGUUAAGAUCGAACUGUCGAAAUAUUUCAAAUAAUAAAAUCUCAAAAUUAAAAUACUUUUUGCAAAUACUUGAUAACAAAUAUCUAAAAAAUAUUGAAUGCAACACUUAUCUUUUUCAUAUAUUACAAAAAAGAACUGUUUAAUUUCCGUACGCUUAAAAAAAUUUCAAGAAUAAAAAAAAAAUGUAACGACAUUUUAAUGGCAACAACUGCUUUUUAUAAACUAUAAAGAUAAUCAACAUUUUCACUAGGGUGUUUGAUUCGCCUUGCGUAAUUUUAUUGAAAAUUCAUAUCUGCUUUAAAUACAGCUAUUUAACAGCUGCAAAUGGCUGGUAAACUGAAGUUAAAUGUGUACCGAAAUGCCGGACGUUAUCGAGAUAAGCUGGAAGUGACAAGUCGUUCUCCUCCCAGCUACAUCGUACUUAAACUUCAACAAUGCCUACAGUGUAUGUGAUUGUGUGUUAGAAGUCUUCUAUUCUCUCUUCGAACGAUAAUCUAAAAUUAAUUAAGUGGUAUCGCGAGGAUUAUUUUUUACGGUAAUCGGUGCUCGAACAAAAGAUACAUCGUCAGAAACUUCUCUAGAAAAUUUCUUUCGAGGAUGAGCAUAUAUGUUGCUAAUUAAGUAAAGUAUUAUGUAGAAAUAAUUUUUUCAAUUUACGCAUAAAGUUAAAUAUACAAUAUAUAUACACAUAAAUCCAUAUCUAAUUAAAUUUUCAAACAUUUUCGCAAAUUAUAGUUAUUAUUUUUACAUU